AUGCUUCCCGACAUCAAACCCUUCAAGAUUGCCGUCCCCGACUCGGCCAUUGCCGCGUUAAAGGCGAAACUGGCCAAGGCUGCAUACCCGGACCAAGUCGACUUCUCCGACGACUGGGCGUAUGGCGCGGCGCGCAACGACGUCAGACGGCUCGCCAAACACUGGGAGGACACGUUUGACUGGAGAGCGCAGGAGCAGAAGCUCAACAAGCUGCCUCACUACAUGACCAAGAUUUCCGUCGACGGCUUUGAACCGCUCGACAUUCACUUCCUGCACCAGCGGAGCUCCCAGCCAAACGCCAUUCCGCUCUUGUUCGUCCACGGAUGGCCGGGCAGCUUCCUGGAAGCCACCAAGAUCUUGCCUCUGCUCACGGAGCCUCGCCCGGGACAGCAGGCCUUUCACCUCAUCGCGCCGUCGCUGCCCAACUUCGGCUUCUCCCAGCAGGUCCGGCAGCGAGGAUUCGCCCUUCCCCAGUACGCCGAGUGCAUGCACAAGGUCAUGCUUCAACUCGGCUACGACACCUACGUGACGCAAGGCGGCGAUUGGGGCUUCUUCAUCACCCGCCUCAUCGGCCUGCAUUAUCCGGAGCACUGCCUCGCGUCGCACAUCAACUUCCCCGUGGUCCGGCCGCCCCCGGCCAAGUCGCUGUGGUUCGGCCUCCAGUACCUCCUGGGGCAGUACUCCCACACGGACAGGCAGGGGCUCGCGAGGACGCUGUGGUACUUUGCCGAGGGCGCGGGCUACAUGCUGCAGCAGAGCACGAAGCCGUCCACGCUGGGCUUCUCGCUCGCCGACUCGCCCGUGGCCCUGCUGGGAUGGAUCUACGAAAAGCUGCACGACUGGACGCACGAGUACCCCUGGACCGACGACGAAAUCCUGACGUGGGUGUCCGUUUACCAGUUCUCCACGGCGGGCCCGGCCGCGAGCCUCUGCAUCUACUACGAGGCGUACCACGCGCGCAAGUCGUCGGUCAAAUGCACCCGGUACGUGCCCUCGGUUCCGCUGGGGAUAUCGUACUACCCCAAGGACUUGUUUGUCGUGCCCAAGCCGUGGGGCCAGUGUCUAGGGCCCGUCGUUUACGAGGCGACGCACUCCCACGGCGGACACUUUGCGGCCUUUGAGGAGCCCGAGCUGUUUGCCGCGGACCUGCAGUCCAUGUUUGGAGAGGAAGGGGGAGCUCGUGGCGUGGCCCAGAGGCUCUCGUCCACAGUGUAG